CCGACAUUGAGUAUAUAAGUCCGCGUGGAUGUGUGAAAGACCGAUUUCGGUUCUUGGCGGACAUCAUAGACAUUUCAACAACCGGUCAACCUAGCAGAGAGAUAUUCGUAAAAUCCGAUCAUGCCUCUUCCAACGACUCACGAGGUGCACGUCUAUGGCUCUAUCAACGGUGUUGAGUUUGACUUGGUGGGUAGCGGCAAAGGCAACCCGAAGGAUGGUUCUGAGGAGAUCCAAGUGAAGUCCACUAAGGGUCCCCUCGGGUUCUCCCCGUACAUCGUGGUCCCCAACAUCGGGUACGGCUUCCACCAGUACUUGCCCUUCCCCGACGGGAUGUCGCCUUUCCAGGCCGCCGCGGACGAUGGCUCGGGGUACGUAGUCCAUCGUAAUAUUCAGUUUGAAGACGGCGCCUCGCUGACUGGCAUCUACCGAUAUUCCUACGAUGCAGGUCACAUCAAAGGAGAGUUUCGUGUGGUUGGCAGUGGUUUCCCUGCUGACGGUCCUGUGAUGACCAAAUCGCUCACGGCUGUGGACUGGAGCGUGGCUACCAUGCUGUUCCCGAACGACACCACCGUUGUCUCCACCAUUGACUGGACUUGCCCCACUACCAGCGGCAAACGCUACCACGCCACGGUGAGGACCAACUACACCUUCGCCAAGCCGAUAGCGGGCAGCAUUCUCCAGAAGCAGCCAAUGUUCGUGUUUCGUAAGACGGAAGUCAAGGCCUCUGACUCCGAGAUCAACCUCAAGGAGUCGCAGAAGGCCUUUCAUGACCUCGUGUGA